AUGUUUUCAUCGUUUAACAUUCAUUUUGCACUCUUAGUUUCAUGUAUAAUAUUUCUUAUUUCAAUUUAUUCUUAUCUUCAACAUCUUGAAAAUGAUCACACACUAAUUCCAUCAAGUUUUACCGUGUCAUUAUCAACUGCAGAGAGUUCUUCCAUCUUGUCUUCAUCACUGAGUGUCACAACAAGGCAAUUUUCAAGCAUUCCUGAUGAGCAAUCUCUUCGCGAAAAAGUUCUUCACUCGCAUGAAAAAGAUCCGUCGAUGUUGAGUCGUUUUACGUUUAUUAAUCCGCCCGAAUCGAUUUGUAAUUAUCCAAAUGACACUGAACAGUUUAUGAUCAUUGUUGUUCUAUCACGUGCGAUUAAUUUCGAUUAUCGUCAUGUCAUACGCGCAACAUGGGGUCGCAAUGGUAAAUACAAAAAAAGUAAGAUUCACAUUCAGACAGUGUUCUUCGUUGGGACGGAUGAUCAUGCUCAAGCAGCUGUACGAGAUGAACAGGUACUAUUCCACGAUGUUGUAGAAGUCGGUAUACCGGAGAACUAUCCAUUCGUUGCUCACAAAGAGUUAGCAUCAUUACUAUGGACUCGGUAUUAUUGUCCAUCGGCUCGUAUUGUAUUUCGUGCAGAUGAUGAUAUUCUAUUAGAUAUAUUUCUCUUGUUAGAAUACAUUGAACAAGGCGUGGAUUUUCGUAAGAAAGACGGUCUCUACGGGUGGUUUCGUUUUAACAAUACAGUGCAUCGUGCAGAUAAGUGGGCUGUAACUAAACUUGAAUAUUCAUCGACUAUUUACCCUCCAUACACAUUUGGUAUUGGUUAUUUGUUUUCUAAUGUAUCGUGUCAACGCCUUGUUGACGCCGCCAAUCAUCCCAAUCAUGAAAUUAUACGUAUUGGUGAUGCUUAUAUAACAGGAAUAUUACGCGAAUUAGCAAAUCUUCCAUAUUAUGAUUUCGAUGAUCUUCAAUAUGCGUAUACAUUCUAUGCAGAAAUUCCGUGUGAGGAAUAUUUCGAAAAUAAUCUAGAUCUGUUGAUAUGUAUGUCAAAGUUACAUAUUGGUCUACGGGGUGAUCCGUAUCAGUUCUAUGAUGCAUGGGAUGUUAUUUUAGAAAGAAAUAAUUUAUCAUUGUUAACUAUAUGA